AUGGAGAAGGACGGCUUGAGCCGAGCCGACCAGCAGUAUGAGUGCGUGGCGGAGAUCGGGGAAGGCGCCUACGGGAAGGUGUUCAAGGCCCGCGACCUCAAGAACGGCGGCCGGUUCGUGGCGCUCAAGCGCGUGCGGGUGCAGACGAGCGAGGAGGGGAUGCCGCUCUCCACCAUCCGCGAGGUGGCGGUGCUGAGGCACCUGGAAACCUUUGAGCACCCCAACGUGGUCAGGUUAUUUGAUGUAUGCACAGUGUCACGUACAGACAGAGAAACAAAACUAACAUUAGUGUUUGAACAUGUUGAUCAAGAUUUGACCACUUAUUUGGAUAAAGUUCCAGAUCCUGGGGUGCCCACUGAAACCAUAAAGGAUAUGAUGUUUCAACUUCUUCGUGGUCUGGACUUUCUUCAUUCUCAUAGAGUAGUGCAUCGUGAUCUGAAACCACAGAACAUUCUGGUGACCAGCAGUGGACAGAUAAAGCUGGCUGAUUUUGGCCUUGCCCGCAUCUACAGUUUUCAAAUGGCUCUUACCUCUGUGGUUGUCACACUGUGGUACAGAGCUCCAGAAGUCUUGCUUCAGUCCAGCUACGCCACCCCCGUGGAUCUCUGGAGUGUUGGCUGUAUAUUUGCAGAAAUGUUUCGCAGAAAGCCUCUUUUUCGUGGAAGUUCAGAUGUUGAUCAACUAGGAAAAAUCUUGGAUGUGAUCGGGCUCCCAGGAGAAGAAGACUGGCCUAGAGAUGUUGCUCUUCCCAGACAGGCUUUUCAUUCCAAAUCCCCUCAACCAAUUGAGAAGUUCGUAGCAGAUAUUGAUGAACUAGGCAAAGACCUACUUCUGAAGUGCUUGACAUUUAAUCCAGCCAAAAGAAUAUCUGCCUAUGGUGCCCUAUCUCACCCAUACUUCCAUGACCUGGAGAGGUUCAAGGAAAACCUGGAUUCCCAUCUGCCACCCAGCCAGAACAACUCAGAGAUGACUACAGCUUGAGAACCCAGUUGCUGUCUUGAGUUUAUCAUCCAGAAAACCUGUUGGUGGCUGAUGGUUCACCCUGCGUAAGCCUUGCAGAGCUGUUGAGGAUCACUGGCUGGAGACUCUCUAGCUGGUGUCUGCUGGAUAGGCUCUGCUUCUCUAAGGAAACACCCUAGUUUACUGUAUUGAAAUCAAUGCAAGAAUGAUUGCAGCUUUAUGUUUAUUCGUGUGUCUGUUUGUCUAUCUGUUUCAAGAACCUGGAAAAAUUCCAGAAGAAGAGAAGCUGCUGACAAAUUGUGCUGCCAUUUCAUUUUUCUAACCUUGAAUGCUGCCAGUGUGAAGUGAGCAAUCCAGGCACAGAUGAGUUAUGAUGUAAUCUCUCUGCAGCUGCCAGAGCCUGAUUUGGUACUUUUGGACUGAGUGUGUGUGCAUUUGUGUCUUGCUCUCUUAAAGUGUGGCUUUCUGUAAACAACCAGAAUAAUUGACUCAUAAAGAUUCAAAGUGACUGAUAAAUAA